AUGUCAGGACCUGUGGGCAAUCCUCCACCCUUGUUUCACGGACGCGAUGAUGAAAACUCAACCAACUUCAUACGGAGUUUCGAAGGAUAUAUAGUCAUCAACCAUAUCACAGACGAACCGAUGAAAAUCCUGCUGUUUAGCACGUUCAUCUCCGCAGGCUCAGAUGCAGACGUAUGGUGGGCAGGGCUAGGCACGCAAGAGAAGAGCACAUGGGCGCUAGCCAAAGCCGCCUUCCUAACGAAAUGGCCAGCAAUAGUAGUCGCGGGGAAAACCCAGAGAGAGUACCAGAAAGAGCUACUCGAGAUACGGUUCAAAGAGGAAGACGUGGGGGAACGAGUCACCGUAGCAGGAAUUGCAACAUGGGCACACGUCCAGUUCCAUAACAAGCUGAAAACCCUCGUAAAGGACGCGGGAGUAGAGAACGUACCCAUAUUGAUUCAACCAGUCCGCGAAGCACUCCCAAGAGCCCUUAGAGACUUGACGACGGCAGCACCAGCAGACUGGACUACAUUCCUAGACGAAAUCAAGAACGUCAACGUAGAUACUCUGCAGGAAAAGGCGAAGAGAGCAAAGGAGAGGAAGGAGACAGAGAAAGCGCAGAAUGCACGCAUCGCACGACUGGAGAAUCGGCAAGAUCCCAUCGAAGUCCUACGCCUCCAGAUGCAGCAAACGUCAAUCGGUACUAACACGAUAGGUCAAAGAGCAACAGUACCCCCAAGGAAUCCACCUCCCAAUGCGACAGCAGCAAGGAGACCAGUACGAUAUGUCGCAGCCAAUCAAGCAACAGGCAACCAACGUCCUCGGGGACAACCCCCCACACAAGAAGAACGAGACGCACUACGCGCAUGCAUCAACGAGCUACAACACCACGCAGACACGGACGUCGGGCAAGCAGCGUAUGGGGAGCAAUUGAGACAGUGGGCAACGAAGUGGGGAGAAGGAGCCAGGUGCACAGAGAAAACACCGUUCCCGCUAACGCCAGGAGCAGCACAAAUAUGCUCUGGUGAAUGCUUCCGGUGCGGCGCACACGGACACAUAGGACCAAUGUGUCCUCUUCCAACAGACGCACAGCUUCCGAAGAACGAGAGCAUAUGGCGCAGUAAUUGCACAAGAAUACUGGGCACCUUCAACAGAACGACGGCCCCACAAAUCAACUUCGUUGUAGAUGGAACGGCAGACCAGGGAAAUGGGAAUGGGUCGUUGGCGUAG